AUGGAGGGAAAUUCAUCUAGAGGAAAAAAAGCCAUGCAAGAGAAGGAUGAAGUAAAAUACCGCGGUGUUCGUAGGCGGCCGUGGGGUAAAUUCGCGGCGGAGAUACGCGAUCCAACCACCAGGCCCGGUUCCCGACAGUGGCUAGGUACGUUUGAUACUGCUGAAGAGGCGGCUAGAGCUUAUGAUAAGGCAGCAUUUAACCUGAGAGGACAUCUUGCUACCUUAAAUUUUCCUAAUGAGUACUAUAAUCAACUUUCUUGUCCUCCUUUAUAUUAUGGUAAUAAUAAUAACAACAUUAUUUGUUCAUCAACAAAUAAUGUUUCAAGAGGAAAAGGAAUUAGUUCAUCAUCAUCAACAAAUUAUAAAGGUAGGGAAAUUAUUGAACUUGAAUGUCUUGAUAAUAGUGUUCUUGAAGAACUUCUUGGUGUGGAAGAUCCAAAAAUUACAAAAAGAAAAUAA